UUCUCUCCCCUCUGGGGCCACAGCCAGAGGACAGAGCACCCAGUUGCAUAAUCCUUCUAUUUGCCCAGAGCCACAUUUUGUCCUGAAGCUUGCUGCCCUGGGAGGUGACAGAAGAAGGCAUCCAGCAAAGACGGGGCAGGGAAGGGAGUCGGCAGCGAGCGAGGGGUGUGCCGGGUGCCCCUGGCCUUCCGCCGCCACACAGGAGAAUGGAGCCCCUCAAUGUGACUGCCACGCUCAACUUCACCCUCCCACCCAACUUCGGCAAGCGCCCCACCGACAAGGCACUGAGCGUCAUCCUGGUGUUCCUGCUCCUUAUCAUCAUGCUCUCGCUGGGCUGCACCAUGGAGUUCAGCAAGAUCAAGGCUCACUUCUGGAAGCCUAAGGGGCUGGCCAUCGCCCUGAUAGCACAGUACGGCAUCAUGCCCCUCACCGCCUUUGCACUGGGCAAGGUCUUCCAGCUCAACAACAUUGAGGCGCUGGCCAUCCUUGUCUGCGGCUGCUCACCCGGGGGGACCCUGUCCAACGUCUUCAGUCUGGCCAUGAAGGGGGACAUGAACCUCAGUAUCGUGAUGACCACCUGCUCCACCUUCUGUGCCCUGGGCAUGAUGCCCCUCCUCCUGUAUGUCUACUCCAGGGGGAUCUAUGCCGGGGAUCUGAAGGACAAGGUACCUUAUGGAAGCAUUGUGAUAUCACUAAUCCUGGUUCUCAUUCCCUGUGCCACUGGGAUCUUCCUCAAUGCCAAACGGCCACAAUAUGUACCCUAUGUCAAGAAGGGAGGGACCAUCACCAUGCUUUUGUUAAGUGUGGCCAUCAUAGCGCUCUCGGUCAUCAAUGUGGGCAAGAGUAUCAUGUUUGUCAUGACACCACACUUGCUGGCCACCUCCUCCCUGAUGCCUUUCAUCGGCUUCCUGCUGGGCUACAUCCUCUCUGCUCUCUUCCGCCUCAAUGGACGGUGCAGGCGCACUGUCAGCAUGGAAACUGGAUGCCAAAACGUUCAACUUUGUUCUACCAUUCUCAAUGUGACGUUCCCCCCUCAAGUCAUUGGGCCACUUUUCUUCUUCCCUCUCCUCUACAUGAUUUUCCAGCUUGGAGAAGGGGUUCUUCUCAUCUCCAUCUUUCGUUGCUAUGAGAAAAUCAAGCCUUCCAAAGAUAAAACAAAAAUAACCUACACAGCUGCUCCAACUGAAGACACGAUUCCAGGAGCUCUAGGAAAUGGCACCCACAAAGGGGAGGAAUGCUCCCCUUGCACAGCCUAGCUCCCCCAGGGGACUGGAUUCUGGUCAGAGGAUAUUUCAGAAAGCCAGUGUGAUAGAGUAAAAAGAUGAAAGCAACACCAGAAAGGAGUCUUUCUCCAGCACUGCCAGCAGAAACUAUCCGAACUGACAAACCUCGCCUGGUGGGAGGACACAGAGGGAGUCUAUCUGAAGAGCCUCGCCUAGCCCCAGCUUAAAAGUUGAUACCUGUUUAAAAAAUAAAGACUUGUGGGGGUGCCUGGGUGGCUCAGUCA